AUGGGAGAAAGCUCGAAUAUAACUGAAACCAUAAGCGAAUUCUAUUAUGCUUGCCGUAAUAAUGACAUUGCAACGGUACGUCGUUUAUUAGAUGAAUAUUCAUUAGAAGAUUUAGAUAAAAUGGAACCUAAUGGAAGUACAGCUUUACAUGCUGCUUGUUAUUAUAAGAAUAUUGAUAUUGUCAAAUUAUUACUUGAUGCAGGUUUUACUCGACGUGUUAUUAAUAAAUACAAAUAUAUGCCAUUUCAAGAAAGUGACAGUGAAGAAGUUCAUCGGCUAUUUGUACGUCCUAAAACAUCGAAUCGAUUUGGUGGAGAUAUUUCAUACGAACAAGAGAAACGCUUGUGGUUUAUUAUUGAUGGAAAUGAACAAAAUGUUAUUCAUAAUCGUUUGCCAGAUACAUAUAAAGGCAAUCGUUUAGAAUAUGGUACGUUUCAUGGUGAUAAAAUUCUUCAACAAUUAGAUAAUUAUAAUAUGUCUAAGGUUGGUGUUAUUCGACGUCUUUUUCAUCGAGCAAUCAAUGAAAAGGAUUGUACGCGUUUAGUUCAAGCUUAUACUACUGAUACAGAUUUUUUUAAUAUUGUAAAUGAUUAUUUAGUAACAAAAAUAGAACAAAAUGAAAACAAUAGUAAUAAUCCACGAUAUGUUUUAUCAGAAUUUAUUGAUACAAUUUAUUGUAAUCAUCAAUUACAUCAAAGAUAUUCGUUUACAGGAAAAUGUUAUCGUAGUAUGAAAAUAAAAUCUGCCAAUGAUCUUAAUCUUUAUAAGAUUGGUGCUAAACUAAUAAAUCGAUCAUUUAUAUCGACAACAAAGGAUCGAACAUUUGCUGAAAAAUAUGUCAGCGAUCGAAAUGCAGAAAAAAAAUACGCAGCUAUUGUUUCAUUCGAAAUUCGUUACUUCAAUACGGCAUUAGAUAUUGAGAAUAUAUCCGAAUUUCCGCACGAAAAAGAAGUAUUAAUGAUGAAUGAUAAAAUAUUUAAAGUAAUAAAUAUUACAAUGAAAAAUAACUUUGAUGUGGAAAUUGAGCUACGUGAAUCAAAAUCAGCAAAAGUCGAUCCAAAAGCAAAGCAAAGUACAUUUUUAGGGUUUCUUCAUUGGAACUAG